UGACCAGCGACCUUUUUUCCCUCAAGCUUGAAUUGUUUUGGAUUGUCCUGAGGAUAAUUGGAUUCCGGAAAUCCGAAAAUUAUUAACCACUGAUACUCAUCAAAUCGACUGAAUUUUUCAGUCACAACUCUAGUGACACGAGUGGAUUCCAGAAAUUAUAUACCAACAAGAAAAAGAAAUGCAACAUCCUACCGUAGAGGAAAAAAAUUACAUAUAAGUGAGACCAUGAAGAAUGGAGGGAUUUUGGAGAAGGAAAACUCUCAAAAUUCUAGCAGUUUUGACUUGUGUGUACACUCUUUUUAUGUUUUUAAUGCAAAUGCAGCUGCAUUCACAGCAAGGGAAUGUUGAUUUUCUCACUGAAGACCAGGAUCAUGUGAAUAAUUUUAUUUCACCCAAACCUGACACUUGUUACCAAGGACCCACAGUGUCAUUUGAUUCCAGACAAACAGCUGACUUCCCUCUACAAGCCUCAAACUCAGGGACUACAGAAAUAUGCAGUAUACCACAAAACACUGCUGAUGUAGAGAUGGAGGCAUUAUGGCACACAUUGGAUGUAUCUUACCCCUUGGCUUUGUCUGUCAGUGGUUGGCUUGAUGUUAUUCGUGUACAUAUGUGGACGACCAAACCUUUGAAAGUCAUCAUUGUGCCCCACUCCCACCAGGAUCCAGGCUGGCUGUACACCUUUGAGGAGUAUUUUGCCUCCUAUGCCAACAGGACCCUUAGCUUAAUAACAGAUCAGCUCACAAGAAACAGUGCGUGGAGAUUUGUUUGGUCAGAAGUGUGCUGGUUGGAAAGAUGGUGGGAAAAUGCCUCUCAAAAGCAGAAAAAUGACAUGAAAAGGCUGAUUACGAAUGGUCAGUUUGAAAUCCUCUCUGGUGGUUGGGUCAUGCCAGAUGAGGCGGUGGUCCAUUACAGCGCCAUGUUAAAUCAGCUGAUUGAUGGCCAUCAGUGGCUGCUAACUAACAUUGGAACUGUACCAAAUAUCAGCUGGUCUGUUGACCCUUUUGGACAUUCUCCAACCAUGGCUUAUUUACAGAGAAGAAGUGGAAUCAAAGCAAUGGUGAUUCAAAGAAUUCAUUUUGGAAUCAAGAGAUUUUUGGCCAAAAAUCAGAUGUUAGAGUUCCAGUGGACACAGAUGUGGGACAGGGACUCUUCUACAGGUAUAAUGACCCAUGUGUUGCCCUUCCUCUCCUAUGCCAUUUCUUAUUCCUGUGGCCCAGAUUCACAUGUUUGCUGCAAGUUUGACUUUAGUCAUAAAAAGUGCUAUCAAGGUGGAAAGCGAAUACCAAGUCUUGAAAUUGAUGAUAGUAAUGUUAAAGAAUUGGCAUGGUUACUAUGGGAACAGUUCCAGAAGAAGGCCGAAUUAUUCCGUGAGAAUGUUCUCUUGGUGCCACAUGGAGAUGACUUUCGAUACAGCAACCUGAAAGAAUGGGAACAACAGUUUGGGAACCUCCAGAAGUUAAUAGCUUACAUAAACAGCAAUCCUGAAAUGAACACUGAGGUUAGAUUUGGCACCUUGUCUGAUUUUUUUGAGGAGCUUGGAAAGUCUCAAACAAGUCCCCCACCAUCCUUUAUGGGGGAUUUUUUCCCCUAUUCUGACAGAAGAGAUCAAUAUUGGACAGGCUUUUACACGACACGACCUUUACUGAAAUAUGCUGCUCGAAGAAUUCAAAGCCUGCUCAGAUCGGUGGAAAUCUUGUAUGCUGUCUCACUGGCAAAGACUAGGAAGGCCUCAGAGCAGUAUAAAACUUUGCUGAAACUGCAGCCAGAUCUAAGUAGUGGGAGACAAGAGUUAGCUUUAUUUCAACAUCAUGAUGCUAUAACAGGAACUUCACGGUUAUAUGUGACCAGAAAUUAUAAAAACAGAUUGAUGAUUGGGACUCCGUUAUGACAAGAAAAUCACAGCCAAAAAUCAUCUGGUUGUCAGAAAAAAGAGACAUAGUAAUCUACAACCCUCUAGGACACAGUAGAAGGGAGCUUAUAACAUUGACUGUGGAUAGAGCUCAGGUCAAGGUCACCAACAGGUCAACAACCCUGAGGAUUCCCCACCAGAUAUCACCUGUCUGGGUGAAUGGAAGCUUCUCCACAGAUUUCUAUGAAGUGAGACAGUUUAGCUCACC